AUGGCUGAAGCCAGGAAUGCUUUGGAGAAAGAGCACCAGACCACAGAGCCAGCACAAGUGAACACAGGGGCUUCCGGGACACCAUGCAGUGCAAGACUACCACAGCAGAAUAGAACAUUGAGGGCUGUCACCUCACAGCCACCCAUGGUGACAGACUCUGAGUGGUUUGGUCUGAGUGCAGAGGAACAAUUAGCCUGGGCUAAGAGUUCUUACGACCCACGGAUUGCAAUAGGUUCCUAUUCCCCACUAGAAAAGAAAAUUAAGCGUUUAGGUGGCACCCAUUCUUCACGAGUGAGAAAACUGUUAGUCCAGGAGUUCCAACAAGAGAGUGAAACAGUUGAUAAACUUAAGACCAUGUCUUUUGACUUCCGGUUUGCUAAAGCAGAUUCCUACUACUAUCAACAACAUCAAGAAAUGAUCAAAGAAGCAUGGAAUCAUAUACCAGAUCCAGAAUGGGACAUUGCCCCAGAGAAAGAGAAGAAAUCAAAAAACAAAAUACCAGACAAUGCUAAAAAGUGGGACUAUCUAGUAUCUGAGAGGGAAAUGAAUCACAUAGAAAAACACAUCCACAGAGCUGAACGGGCUAGAGGCCUCAGAGACCAGAAAUAUAGACUACUCCCUCAGAGAAUUCCAAGUGAAACACUUGGCCCAAAACCAUUAUUAUCAGAAGAUGAAAAGAAUAAAAAUAUCCAGAAAACUAUAAAUGUACAUAAAAAGCCCAAAGUAGCGUGGGCAAAGGAACAGAUGAAGCGACAUAAAGACAGAAUGACUCGAGGGAGAGAACUCACAGAGCAGAAAAAUGAUAAAAGGAAGACUCAAAACUUCACCAGCCAUGUUCGUCCUCUCUUAAAAUCACAAGUGAAGAAAGAGGAAGAGAAAGAGUUUGAAAAGGUCACAGCUUAUCCUAUCUUCCAGCCUUCCCAGGAAAAACUUAUAGAGGUGACUAUUCUGAUGGAAAAGUCAAAAGUGGAUAAGGUACAGAAACCACUCCAAAGAGAGCUCUUGAGUAUGCCACCUUUUCUGAAAAGUCAACUGGAAAAAAAAAAAAAGCUUAAGUUAUUUCCUUGA